AUGCCCCUGCACAGCACCAGAGCUGCAGCUCUCCUGGCUUGGGUGAACAGCACCAAGGUCUGUGCCCAGCCCCUCGAUGACCUGUCCCAGCUCCAGGACUGUCACCUCUUCAUCAGGAUCAUCAAUAAGAUCCACAGGAGUGAGGAGGGGGAGGCUGUGCUGGAGCAGCCGCUGCCGGAGAGGAUCCGCUUCAUCCAUGGCUUCCUGCAGAAGCACUGGAAGCACAAAUCAGCUGCAGAAAACCUGGUCUCAGCACAGCAGCUGCUGGAGGGGGAGGAGCUGGAGCUGGCCAAGGUUGCUGUAUUGCUCCUCUAUCACACCUCCAUGAGCUGCAGGAGCCCCGGGGACUGGAACGAGUUCGAUUACCAGACCCAGGUCGAGCUGGCGUCGAUCCUCAAGUUUGUCCUGGAUAACGAGGAGAGCCUGGAUGAGAACCUGGAGCUGUUCCUGCAGAGGAGGGCUCCGCCUUCCUCGGGCAGCAGCUCCGAGGAACAUUCCCCGCUGCUCCCCCUGCAGCCCAGGCGGGAGGUGCGUUUCCUGGAGCUGCAGAGAAUCGCCUCCUCCUCCUCCUCCUCCUUCUCCGGAGCCAACAACUUGUUUGCUGGGCCCCCCUCCUCCCCCAUGGGGGAUGUCAUGCAGACCCCCCAGUUCCAGCUCCGGCGCCUGAAGAAGCAACUGGCAGUGGAGAGGGAGAACAGGGAUGAGCUGGAGGUGGAGCUGGCUGAGAACCGCAAGCUGGUCUCUGAGAAAGAGGCUCAGAUCACCAUGAUGCAGCAGCGCAUCGACCGCCUGGUUCUGCUCCACGAGAAGCAAACAGCAGAGCAGCUGGAGCCCAAGGAACUGGAGGAGCUGCGGGAGAAGAACGAGAGCCUGAUGGUGCGUCUGCACGAGGCCCUCAGGCAGUGCCAGGACCUGAAGACUGAAAAAGGCCAAAUGGACCGAAAAAUCAACCAGCUCUCCGAGGAGAACGGGGACCUUUCCUUCAAGCUGCGGGAGAUCGCCAGCCACCUGGUGCAGCUGCAGGAAGCCCUGAACGAGCUCUCCGAGGAGCACAACUCUGCCCUGGCCCAGGCCCAGGAGAAGCAGGGGCAGCUGGAGAGUGAGCUGAGCACGGCCCUGCAGGAGAAGAAAUGCUCGGAAGAGAAGAUUGAGAUUCUCCAAGGGAAGGUUUCCCUGCUGGAGGACCAGCUGGCCAGGCUGGGGGAUGGCAGUGCCCAGGAGAAGGGAGAAGUCCUGGGGGAUGUCCUGAAGCUGGAGGAGCUGAAGCAGGAGGUGUCCAGCCGCGGGGCUGAGCUCCAGGCCACCAUCCAGCAGCUGGAGGAGGAGAAGAGGCAGCGGGAAGAGGCUCUGCAAUCCCAGCACCAGCGCUUCCAGGAGGAGAAGCAGCAGCUGGGCAGCCUGGUCUCCAGCCUCCAGAGCUCCCUCGCCGAGAGCCAGCAGGUCAGGGAGCAGCUGGAGCAGGAUCUGCGAGCCCGGGAGGCCAGAGAGGCCCAGGGAGCUGAAGGGGAGGCCGGGAAGUUGGUGGCCCUGGAAGCCCAGCACGAGAAGAUCUGCCAGGAGAGAGAUUCUGCUCUGCAGCAGCUCCAGCACCUGCGAGAGGCCAACGUGGCUCUGAGCGGGCAGCUGCAGGCCCUGGCACAGGCCCGGGAUGCCAGCCAGGCCGCCUCAGCAGAGGAAAAGGCUGAGCUGAGCCGCAAGAUUGGAGAGUUGGAAGCCAAAAUCCUGGAGCUGGGCUCCCAGGGAGCGGUGGAGGGGCUGAGGGCCCAGCUGCGGGAGCUGGAGGGCAGGCUGAGGGACAGUCAGCAGAAGGGAGCCGAGAGGGAGAAGCUGGCCCGGGAGAACACGCGGCUGCAGGAGAGGCUGCUCUUCCUGGAGGAAUCCCUGCGGAACACCGAGGGCAUCCUGGAGGAUGAGAAGAGACGGGCGGCCGAGAGCCUGGAGGGCAGCCUGGCCAGGAUCGCUGAGCUGGAGGCCGAGAGGCAGCAGGGCCGGGACCAGGCGCCGGGAGAGGCCCCGGGAGAGGGCGGAGAGCGCGGGAGGCUGGAGGAGGAGCUGCGGGAGCUGCGCCGGGAGCACGGGCAGACCUGCCAGCGGCUGGGGGCGGGGGGCAGCGCCAGGGAGGUUUCCCUCACGGGCUUGGAGGAGAAGAGCCGUCAGAGGGAGCAGGAGCCUGGCUCGAGCCAGGAGCUGCACCAGGAGAAGCUGAAGGAGACCCAAGCGCUUCGUUUGCGAGUGCAGGAGCUGGAGCAGAGGUGCCAGGAGCAGCAGGAGGCCGUGGCCGAGCUGGAGGCCUCCAGGAGGGAAGUGGCUCAGCAGAAGGAGAAGGCGUCGGAGCUGCAGAAGCUGCUGGAGGCCUCGAGGUCGGCUCAGGCUGUGCAGGAUGGGGCUGUGGAGACCCUUCGGAAGGAGCUGCAGGAGAAGGGCCGGGAGCUGCUGCAGAGCAAAGCUGCCGUGGCUGCCGCCCGGAAGGGGCCGGGGACGCUGGGCCCCAUCCUGCACCGGCAGGUGACGGAGAAGGAAGGGGAGAGCAAGGAGCUGAAGCGGCUGAUCGUGGCCGAGUCGGAGAAGAGCAAGAAGCUGGAGGAGAGGCUGCGGGUGCUGCAGGCCGAGAUGGCCACCGCGGCCUCGCGGGCGGCCGAGAGGUGCUCCCUCAUGAAGGUGGAGGUGCAGCGCUGCCAGGAGGAGAUGGAGAAGCAGCGCUUGGCCAUCGAGGCCCUGAAGAGGGAGCGGCACUGCCAGGGCGAGCGGGAGGAGGAGCUGCGCCAGGAGGCCAAGGCCUGCCAGGAGAAGUGUCUGCAGAAGGAGCAGCUCCUGGGGGCCCUGCAGCAGGAGCUGGGCAGCGCCCAAGCCCUGGUGGAGGAGCUGACUAAAAAGCUGAGCCAGCACGAGAAGGCCUCCCGAAGCCAGCAGCAGAGGGUCAAGGUGCUGGAAGGGGAGCUGCAGGCAGAGGCCACUCGGCAGCAGGAGAAGGUGGCAGAGCUGCAGGCGCAGCUGGCCCAGAAGGAGCAGGCAGCUGAGCACUACAAGGGCCAGAUGGAGAAAGCAAAAACUCACUACGAUGCCAAGAAGCAGCAGAACCAGGAGCUGGCGGAGAAGCUGAAGGCGAUGGAGCAGCUGCAGCAGGAGAACACGGAGCUGAGGAGCGAGGCAGAGAGGUUGGCCAAGGAGCUGCAGCAAAGUGUCCUGCAGGCCCGGGAGGCAGAGCUGGGCUGCAGGAACCUGGGCAGCCAAGUGCGCAGCCUGGAGGCUCAG